UUCAAUGACUUUGGAGUUGAUGGUGGUCCUGCAGCUAAAGAAUUAGCUCCAAAGCUUGAUCUUGUCAAGGCACAUCUAUCUUCUAGAUUAGGGGUAGCUUUGCCCAGCGUAGAGGUGAGACAAGUCGUUGUUACUAUAAUUGCCUUGAAAGGAGUCGGAGGAAUACUCUUUGUUAUCGGAAACGUCGUUGGCGCUUAUCUUCUGGCUUUCUACUUGGUGGUUGUUAGUCCUAUUCUUUACGAUUUCUACAACUACGGACCUCAGGAACGUCACUUCUCUCCAUUGUUGACAGAGUUCUUGCAGAGUGUUGCACUCUUUGGAGCAUUGCUCUUCUUUAUUGGAAUGAAGAACUCAACACCCUCCAAGAGGAGUGACAAGAGUCUGAAGAAGAGAGCUCCUAAGCCGAAAGCUGCUUAG